GGGCUAGAGCGGCCGAGUCGCAAGAGUUGGCAACCGGGGCGUAGCGGAAAUGAGGUUGAGCUUCCGGGGGCGGGGCCUCAAGUCUUCCCGGGUUAUCUGAGGACCGCAUGGAGGCAAAGACUCUUGGAGAUACAGCACCCCGAAAGCCUGUCUUAGCUGUCAGUGCAAGAAAAAUUAAGGACAACGCAGCCGAUUGGCACAAUUUAAUCCUGAAAUGGGAAGCCCUGAAUGAUGCAGGUUUCACCACUGCAAACAGAAUUGCCAACCUGAAAAUCACCUUACUGAGUAAAGACGAGGCAGAACUGGAGAGCAGCAGCCCAGCCUCCGGGGAAGAGGAAGAAAAGACGCACCCAGACUACGACAAGGAGCUCGAGACGCUGUGUGAGGAGCUGCAGACCACCUUAGAGGGGCUGACCAAAAUACAGGUGAAAAUGGAAAAGCUGUCUUCAACCACCAAGGGAAUCUGUGAGCUAGAAAAUUACUACUACGGGGAGGAGAACAGACGGCCCCCUCUGUUCCACACCUGGCCCACAGCCCACUUUUAUGAGGUUUCAAGCAAGCUCUCCAACAUGUAUGGGCGGGAGCUGCUCCUGAAGCGCACGGUGGGUGCCGAGCUGGCCCACUCCGCGGACCGAGACCUGAUCCUGAGCUACCUGUCCAUGUGGCUGCACCAGCCCUAUGUGGAGCGUGAGGGCAGGCUUCUCCUGGAGAGCAUGCUGCUGGAGACGGGCCACCGCUCGCUGUGACCUCGAGCCCAGACCUUCACUCUUGCCUGAGCCCCUGCCGGCCCACGUGAGGUCCCCACGGCCACUUCAGGCACACGGACCCCACUUCGACCUCUGCUGGUCACCCGUACCUGCUGGACGCUGCCUGCUGGGAGCCCCUCUUGGGGACAGAACGAUGGGGGAUCUCGCUUGUGUCACUGAGUGUACACUCGUGUGGAAGCUCCUCCCUUCAAGCUUUACUGUAUCCCCACCUAUAUUUAAAUUUUUAUGAGAAUAUAUUAGUUCUGUAAUUACAAA